AUGACAGAUGAGGCUGCAUUGGCUCCUCCUGUUCCCCCGCCUGCUCCUGUGCCUUCUGCGUGUGCCCCUGCUGCGACAGUCGUUGGUCCGUCUGAUGCCGUCCCUGCCGCUCCGCCUGUUGGCGUCGCGCAGGCGGAUGUUGCUGGUAGCGUGGCGACGCAAUCGGUGGAGUCCGCCACCUCUGACGUCCCGGGCCAGGCAGCGCUCCCUACCGCUCCCGCUCUUCCAACUGCGGCGACACCCGUGCUGCCUCCGCCCACGCUGGCAGGUCCCGCUCCUGCGCUGCCUGAGGCUGCUCCCCCGGCUCAGCGUCAGCCGUCUCCGGGCCGCCGUCAGCAGCGGCCUCACUCCCCUGCACCACGUGACGAGCCGGAGACAUCAAAGCGGCGCCACGAUUCUCCUCGGCGUCGCGGCUCCCAGGCGAACUGUGCAGCGCCCCGCGGCGGGCAUGGUGGCUGGUGGGGGCAGCCCCAUCGCGGUGGCGGCUGGGCGUAUGAUCAGCCGGUGACGAUGGCAGAUCUGCAGCGCGCUGUUUCCGCUGCGGUGCGCGAGGAGCGGAACGGGCAGGCAAGCCAGAGCAACUCGCCGGUGUCGCUCCGACCCCUGCAGCUCCUCCUCCAGCUGCGCCCUCCGUGCCGGCAGCUCCUCGUCCCCGUGCGGCUGUUCCUCCUCCCCUUGCUCCAGCUGCAUCGACCCCCGCCCCAGAUAGUCACCUUCGGCUGCCAUCCCCGCCCCGCGUCCGUAGGUGCUGCGCACCCGUUCCAGGCGCUAGUUGGGCCUCAACAUACGGCUGAGGUGUAUGGUCACGCCGCCCUUUCCCAGGGUGACUCACUGAUGGGCGGCCCCCGAGACGAAUGUCUUGAUGCCGCUGAUCGUCUCGCCGAGCUGCUGGCGCCCGUGUUAGCUGCGCCCGCGCGGGGAGGGCUUGCGAAGUUUGGGCAGCUGGGUUCGGCUGUCCGUGGGCUGCGCCAGUUUUUGCACGCAGGGACUAGAUCCGGGGCGAUCGCCACAGCCACGGUGUUGGUGCGGGAGCUGCAUCGCUCGAUGUCGGGCCUGCUUGUUGUUUUUUAUGCGGAUCGGAUGUAG